UGCGCUACCUUGUAUACUAAUCAAAACACCACCACGAGAAGUUAAAAAACACUCGAUCGCUCUUUACAUUUUCGGAUUUUAUAAAACAAAAUGAGUAGCCGAAAUCGGGGAAAAGGAAAGAAAGGAGCAGGACCCUAUCGCAAUGUUAAGGCUAAACACAAUUGUGACCGCAGUUUUGCCCAGCAGGCUAACGAGCUGGCGAGCAGCAGCGAAGGAGACAGUUCGGACUCGGAAUCGUCCGGAGCAGAAGUAAAGGAUGACUUGGGCCAGCCGCCAGAGUUCUCAGUGGCUAUGUGGGACCUUAACCACUGCGAUCCGAAAAAGUGCUCUGGCAGAAAGCUGGCCCGACUGGGCCUGAUUUCCAAUCUCCGGCUGGGUCAAAAGUUUCCCGGCCUUGUUCUCUCACCCGUCGGCCAGUUGUGUGUUAGUCCACUGGACCGUGAUGUGGUGGCCUCUUCGGGCGUGGCCGUGAUUGACUGCUCGUGGGCAAAAUUAGACGAGACUCCCUUCGGUAGGAUGCGCAGCCCACAUCCACGUUUACUGCCCUUUCUUGUGGCUGCGAAUCCUAUCAACUACGGCAAACCCUGCAAAUUAAGCUGUGUGGAGGCCAUUGCCGCCACCCUUUACAUCUGUGGAUUCACAGAGGAGGCCCGUUGGUUUCUAGGCAAGUUCUCCUGGGGUCACGCCUUUCUGGAACUCAACGAAAAGCUUCUCAACGCGUAUGCAGCCUGCAAGAGUAGCGAUGAAAUUCUUAAGGUGCAAAACGAGUACCUAGAACAAGAGCAAAAGGAGCGGGAUAAACCAAGGGACCUCCGCGACUUCUAUCCAACCAGCAGCAGUAGUAGUGGAUCAGAAAGCGAGGAUGAUGAAGAAGCAAAAACAAAGAACUAAUCUUUACAAGGUGCUGACAUUUUAUUAGCAUUACCAUUAGCUUAUUACAAAACGUUGUUACGUGUGUUUUAAUAUACAAACCAGUUGUCAGGAGCAACUAUCAAAUUA